AUGGAUGAAGCUGUAUUGUUGGGUCAGACCAACCAAAAAGAAAUUGCAGAACCUUACAAGCCUGAACUUGAAGAGUACAUUGAAAAUAAGGAUCAAGAUGCUUUAAUGAGAUCUUUUACUUUUGUCAUAGAUCAGAGCACAAAGCCUGAUGCUUGCAUCACAGAAGACACGGGUAUUCAUGCUCCAUCUUCCAAGAUUCCUUCAAAAUGGCAUCGUAGAAAGUUGGGUGGUUGGCUUCACACUCAUCUGGUUCCUGAAGGGUUUAGAACGGCCAUUGAAAAGAAAUUUGGAAACUUUGUGAUCAUUCGUUCGACAGGCGAAUUACAGUAUGAGGAAAUGCCAAUCUACACUCGUAUUGGCAUGCAUCUACUUUUUGGUGGUUACUAUCGAGGCAAAGUGGACAAUUCCAACGUAAUGCAUGAUCUUUUCCUCAAAGAAACAGUUCGACAGGGACAAUACUUUACCCAACCUGAAUCGGUGAAACAAAUACCUAGUUUUGUACAACACUACAACAUUGAAAUGAAUAAUUAUGUUGUUUCUGAUAUAAAUGAAUACAAGAGCUUCAACGACUUUUUUACCAGAGCCAUUUUGCCAUCGAAAAGACCUAUUGCUGAAGCCGACGACCAAAAUAUUCUUGUUGCAGCAGCCGAUAGCCGCCUGACUGUCUUUAAUUCAGUUGAUGCUGCUACUACGUUCUGGAUCAAGGGAAAAGCGUUUACAUUAUCCAACCUUUUACAGAACGAUGCAUUGGCUGAAGAGCUGGAAGGCGGCUCGUUGGCCAUCUUCCGUCUUGCACCUCAGGACUAUCAUCGAUACCAUGCGCCAGCAAAGGGCACGGUUGAAUCCAUCAAACCCAUUGUUGGCACAUACUACACAGUGAAUCCUUGUACCGUCAAUCAAGAUUUGAACGUAUUCACAGAAAACCAUCGUAGCGUUAUUACACUGAAGAGCCAUCAUGGUUUCUCAUUUGCCGUUGUUUCCAUCGGUGCUCUUUUGGUAGGAUCCAUCGUGCACACACAUGCCAAGGAAGACAAGGAUCUGGAAAAGGGUCAAGAGAUGGGAUACUUUCAAUACGGUGGAUCCACUGUAAUUGCUGUGUUUCCUAAAGAUACUGUUGCUUGGGACGAGGAUCUCGUAGCCAACUCCAAAAAGUCAAUUGAAACUGUAGUUACAAUGGGUGAACGUAUUGGCACGUUUACUGUUUAA